GGCAUAGAAAUUUCAAGCAAACAAAAAUGGCGGAAGAACACGAAAUGGAGACUGAGACCGAGACCGAGCUUGAAGAAGAGUUUUCUGUUUGGAAGAGGAACACUCCUCUUCUGUACGAUUUGUUCAUUUCCCAUCCUCUCUCAUGGCCUUCCCUCACUGUUCAGUGGGUUCCCGCUUCUCCUCAACCCCACUCUCACCCUUCCUUCAACACCCACAAACUCCUCAUAGCCACUCACACUUCCAACGAAGAAUCCAACUACCUCAUGUUCGCAGAUUCAACACUCCCCGUAAACCCAUCUCAACCCAUCUUUUCUGAGGAUCCCGAAAACCCCUUUCUUCCCAAGGUAGAGAUUACUCAAAAGGUUCUUGUUGAUGGUGAGGUGAAUCGGGCGCGUUCUAUGCCGCAGAACCCUAGCAUUGUUGCUGCAAAGACUUGUAAUUCUGAGGUUUUUGUGUUUGAUUUUGCCAAGAAACGAGGUGAUAGUAAUGAUCCUGAUUUCAGGUUGAAGGGUCAUGAAGAAGAAGGGUAUGGUUUGUCUUGGAGUCCUUUUAAGAAAGGGUACCUUUUGAGUGGUUCUAAUGACCAUAAGAUUUGUUUGUGGGAUGUGUUUUCUGAAUCUCAAAACAAUGUGCUUGAUGCUGUUCAUGUUUACGAGGGCCAUGAAAGUAUUGUUGAAGAUGUGUCUUGGCACACAAAGGAUGAGAAUUUGUUUGGGUCAGGUGGAGAUGACUGCAGGUUGAUAAUUUGGGAUUUGAGGACAAACAAAGCGCAACAAUCACUCAAACCCCAUGAAAGGGAGGUGAACUUUGUUUCUUUCAAUCCCUAUAAUGAAUGGAUUUUGGCUACAGCAUCUUCAGACACCACUGUUGGUCUCUUUGAUAUAAGGAAGCUUGAGGCGCCAUUGCAUUUUUUAAGUAGCCACACAGAUGAAGUGUUCCAGGUAGAGUGGGAUCCUAACCACGAUGGCAUAUUGGCAUCAUCUAGUUCUGACAGAAGGCUGAUGGUUUGGGAUCUUAACAGAAUUGGCGAUGAGAUGAUAGAAGGAGACGAAGAGGGUGGUCCUCCUGAACUACUCUUCUCUCAUGGGGGUCAUAAAGGAAAAAUAUCAGAUUUUUCAUGGAACCAACACCAGCCAUGGGUAAUCUCAAGUGUAGCUGAGGAUAAUUCUUUCCACGUCUGGCAAAUGGCUGAAAGCAUUUACAAUGAUGGUGAUGUUGAUGACGAUAACAGUUGGAUGGGUAUUGAUCAGCACUAAGUAGAAGUAGUAGAAGAAGGAUCAGAGGCAACAAUGCUUUUACAGCCACUGCUUUGUUGUUUUGUUGUAUGUUUUGUGACCAUUUGACUAUUACCAGUAUUUUGUUGUUAUAGUGAAUGUAUUGCGAUUGUUGAAACAAUGGUGAGCAUAAUAGUAUCAGCGUAACAUGCUUUUAUAAUCAGAAUGUAUUGUGACAAGUAUGUUAACUUAGAGGGUGAUCUGGUUUUUGUCAAGUUGCAGCCUUAUCGACA